CUGGCCACAAUAACUAUUAGUUCUAAGAGACACAACACCCACACUCUCCCUCGAGCCACUCUACGUCACCUUUGGUCCCCUUUUGUUGACUUUAACUUAACAUAACUGAAUUAAUCUUUUCAUUUCCGCAAUCAGCCCUUCGGCCAACCAUUCAACACAAUUCGAUGUGGAUUCCACAAUCCUAAACGUCAUCAAGCAACCUUGAUUGUGCUUUUACCAACCACCCUCAACUUAACCACUCAACGUCAAGUACAACCACAUCUACUACUUCCCUUCCAUCUUCCCAUCACCUAUCAAAAAUCAUUCUCUCUAUUGUUCAAACUCUAUCAUCAUGGUGAAGGAGACCAAGCUCUAUGAUCAACUCGGCGUCAAGCCUGAUGCAACCCAGGAUGAGAUAAAGAAGGCAUAUCGUAAAGCUGCUUUGAAAUAUCAUCCAGACAAGAACAAGGACAACCCGAACGCGGCCGAGAAGUUCAAAGAAUGUUCCCAAGCCUACGAAAUCCUUUCUGACCCCGAGAAGCGCAAGAUAUACGACCAAUAUGGGCUAGAAUAUUUACUUCGUGGUGGCACAGCCCCUCCCCCAGGGGACAAUCCUUUCGCCGGGGGUCAAAUGCCCGCUGGAUUCCAAAACUUUGACUUUGGUAGCGGCGGCAUACCCACUGGCGCACGAUCAUUCCACUUUACCACUAACGGUGGUGGUAACCCCUUCAAUUUCAGUAAUCCUGAGAACAUAUUUGCCGAAUUCAUGCGUGGAGGGGGCGCUGGGGUAGGAGACGAUGACGACUUUGCCAACAUCUUUGGUGGUGCUAUCCCUCGAGCCUCUACUGGCCGAUCCAGCCGUAUGCGAGGUUAUCCGGGCGGAGACCCAUAUCGGGGCGGCGCCACAAGGGAUGCGGCACCUGAGGUCACAACUGUGGAGCGUGCCUUACCACUGACUUUAGAGGAGUUGUUCAAUGGUAUCACGAAGAAGAUGAAGAUUAAGCGCAAGACAUUUGAUGAGAGUGGUAAGAGAACAACUAGCGAUCAAGUGUUGGAAGUUCCGAUCAAACCCGGCUUGAAGAAAGGCAGCAAGAUCAAGUUCAAGGGUGUCGGAGACCAGGAAGAGGGCGGUAAACAAGACUUGCACUUCAUCGUCGAAGAAAAACCACACCCAUUAUUCGUUCGCGACGGUGAUGAUCUCAUUCACACGGUUGAACUGGAUCUCAAAGAGGCAUUGACUGGCUGGAAGCGGACCGUCACAACUAUCGAUGGAAAGCAACUCAAUCUGGAGAAAGGCGGCCCUACCGGAACUGGUAUGACAGAUUCAUAUCCCGGACUGGGGAUGCCUAUCUCAAAGAAACAGAACGAACGCGGAAAUUUCAUCAUCAAGUACAAUGUCAAGUUUCCCACCUAUCUGACUCCCCAGCAGAAGCAACAACUCAAGGAGAUUCUAUAACGAUGAGUAUCCAGGUUUCAAUCAGAUGAAACAGUUUACACGCGGGAAAUUACCAAUAAACGAAAGCCUUUGGACUAUAGGCAUGACGAUAAAUUCGACGAUAUUCAUUUCGGCAGCAUUAUAGGUAUGACCUCAACCUAGGCACUGGUAGUUACCGAUGGCGCCUAGGUAUAUAAGCGAGGAUACAACGGAGUCUCCAUAGCACGGUACUGUUGGAACAAUCCCUCGAAGAGCCCAUAGGUUGUGUUGCUCUUUUUUGUUUGUUGACUCAUAGCGGUCUCAUAA